AUGCCGGAAGUGACGGAGGCGACAAACACGUCAUACUACACCUUAGUCGCGCGGUAUAACUACCUGUACAGAGAACUGUAUAGACUGAAGCACAUCUUGGCGUCCCUCACAAAAGGCACAAAGGGGGAACCCGGCCCUCUCGGGCCAAAAGGGUCUGAUGGAACGAAAGGGGACCAAGGAUCUAUGGGACUUGCCGGAGCACAAGGCGCCAAGGGUGAUCAAGGCGUGAAAGGUGAUAAUGGUGUCGCAGGUGCAACAGGCGCCAAUGGAGCUCAAGGUGCGGCAGGGACCGCGGGUGCCCAAGGGGCCAAAGGAGAAGCAGGACUUAAAGGAGACACGGGCGCUACUGGAGCCGUAGGCACGAAAGGUGAACCCGGAGCCGUUGGCCAAAAGGGAGAAUCUGGCGCCGCUGGAGCGAAGGGUGACACAGGAGCUACCGGAGGGGCGGGGUCAGCUGGAGCUAAAGGAAACAAGGGCGAGAUAUAUAGAGAGAGAGAGAGAGGGCUCGUAAAGAUUAUUGAAAUAGAACAAUAUUUUUCAUUUUUCAAGGAGAUGAAGAUUCUGUUGCUUGUGGCGGUAUUUGUGUGUGUGGUGCCAGCAAUCCAUGGAGCAUGGUAUCCAUACCAAUAUCUCGCGGUCAGAUCUCGCUCUCUACUCUACGAGACUUACCGCCUGAAACACCAAAUACUUCACAUCCUUAAAGCAGGCGGCCUCAAAGGCACUUCAGGGGACACGGGGAUCAAGGGACUGGCAGGUUCAAAAGGCGUUAAAGGUAACAUUGGCGUCACAGGCCCACAAGGCAUCAAAGGAGAACUAGGCGCCAAGGGCGAGAUAGGAGAUCAAGGCCCGACGGGUGCAUCCGGAGCCCAGGGCGCUGCAGGAUCCGCAGGUGCUACCGGCGCUAAAGGAUUUAUAGGCGAUAAAGGAAGCCUAGGAGACACAGGUGUCGUAGGCGCUAAAGGCAAUUCUGGAGAUACUAUAAAGGGACAGUCAGGCGACCCGGGGGUCAAGGGGGUUGUUGGAGACACAGGUCCAACGGGACAGGCGGGCGCUAAAGGAGAGGUGGGCGAGAAGGGGGUCCCAGGAACAACAGGGACACAAGGGGUUCAGGGUCUGCAGGGUCCCGCUGGUACGAACGGUCAGAAGGGCGAGAAAGGCAGCCAAGGGGGUGUAAUCAUAAACUAGACAGUACCCAAAGCAAGUUUCCAGUGUGUGUGUGUGUGUGUGAGAGAGAGAGAGAGAGAGAGACCCAUCAACUACACACUAGCCAAAGCAAGUUCCCAGUGUGUGUGUAGGAGAGUGUAUAACACUUUUAACUCUUGAAAGCUUUUAAAAAAUACAUGUACAUAUACAUAUUUUCUU